CCAAUAUUCAGAAACUGGCUACUUCUGAAUCAGAAGAAUUGUUUGGUAAAAUAAACCUGUAUUAUUUGAUAUGAUUCCUUGAAAAAGUGUUUUAAUCCCAUAGCAUCUUAUGUCGGUGAAAAGGAAUAUCAAAUUUGUUUUAGUUUUCGACACGAAUACCUACCACUUCUGUACAUUCGUCCUGCAAGGGAAGAAGAUUCAGAUGAUAUUUUUCCACUUUUGGAUAAGCAUUCUAAAACAUUACAAACUUUAUAUGGAUAUUAUUACUUACCUGAAAUGAUUGAUUCAACAAAUGAAAGUACUAUUUCCUUAGUUGCUGAGGUAGAAGGAUUUGCUGUGGGGUUUAUUUAUGUUUCCAGAAAUGUUGAUGUUGAUUUGUUGAAUGAGUGUUUUCAGUUAUCUCCUUUUCAUGGCCUGAGAAAAAUUCAAGAAAAGGAUGAAAUUUGUUAUCAGCAAUCACUGAAACCUGAAAAAGCAGAAAAUCAUGGAAGCUCAUUAAAAACUCAGUUAACAACAGGAAUUUCACCAUCAGGAUCUAGACAUAGCUCUUUAUGUAAUGAAGGGCUUCCUGUGAAGUGUAGGCUGAAUGAAAAUGGUACUAGCAAGCAUUUCUUAAAGGCUUCCUUGGCUGAUGUGAUCUCUGGAAACCAUAUAGUAAUUCAACACCCUAAACCAGUGAUACCUGUUCAACUACAAAAUAAUGUACCUUCAUAUAAAGGAGAUCCUAGUGCAGUGUGUGUUCAGCUAUUUUGUAUUGACAAAAUGUAUGAAACAAGGUCUUUAGAUUUUCUUUCUAAAGUUUUUGAAAUGUUUCCUGAAGUUGAAUAUUGUAUAAUCACUGUUCCUCAUCUCACACCAGAAUUUCCAUUACUUAACUUCUUCACAAGAAUUCCACCUUAUCCAACUUCAGUGUUUUCACAAGUUUUAUAUGUCUUUCACCGUGCUGGCCUUCUUAGGGAUUUUACUGUUGAAAAAGUGAAAGAGGAAGAUUUUCAUGAUGUUUCCAUGUUUUUAGGAAAGUUUGAUCAUUCCUUAAACAUGCUGGAAGAUGUAAAGCAGUGUCUUCAUUUUUCUCAAAAGAAGGAAAGAAAACAAAUUCAAGCUUUUGUGGCGAAGAGUUAUUCUGAUGUUGUAGGCAUAGGAAUUAUAGGCUUUGAAGAAGACAGUGAGUUUCUACGUGCUCACUAUGACAUUGAUAGUUUUUGUCUUUAUGAACAAUUAACACCUCAAGAACAUUCUCAUCUUCACCACUUUGUUAUAAAUCCUAUCUUUAAUCAUCUGUCCAAACAUUUCUUGAAGGAGAUUCUCAGACUGUCUGGUACAAUCAAUCUUUAUUAUCAAAUCCAACCAUCUCACUCAGGAAUUUUGCAAGGCUCUAAAACUUGCACAGUCACUGUCUUGGAAGACUUGGUACCUGUAUGUCCACGUAGCAUGAUCACAUAUCCCUUGGUGGAACUAGGAGUUAAUGCACCUGCAAAAAGACUGUUGGAAAAUCCUGCUGAUUUUGCCCUUUACAUCAUGAACAAAAAAUUAUGUUUCAAAAAGAAGAUUGUGUUAAACAUUAGAAUUGUAGUUGUAGGAGCUAGUGAAGUUGGUCUUGCAUUUCUAGAAGCCUUGGUAAUGAGCUCAGAUCUGCAGUUUAAUUACCUGACACUGGUAGCUCCACAUGGAUUGCCUGGGGAAUUAAUCCCAGAUGAAUUGCGUGAGACUUUUCACCCACAAAGCCACUGUUAUUGUCCACAAAGACUUCAUCAACUUUGUAUGAGUACAUGGGUUAACCAAGUUUAUGGGACUAUGACUUCCAUUGACAAAGAAUUGAAAGUUAUUGAAGUGGAUUCUAAAGCUGAAAUUCCUUAUGAUAUACUUAUCCUUUGUUGUGGAAACCAGUGGCAGCUUUCAUCAUCAAGCAAUAUACAUUCUUUCCUGAGAGGAACAGGAUUGGAUUCAGUUACCCCAAAAUCAGUCAAUUUGUUUCUAAUUAAUGAUGAAUUUGAUAUUGCUACUGCCCUGAACUGGAUUGAAACAGUUUUUUUGAAAACCACCAAUAAUGCUGUAGUCUAUGGGAGAUAUUUGGAAGUUUACUCAUCUAUUGCUACUCUGUUGAAACUUGGAGUUUCAGGCAGCCAGAUAACUUUAAUUAGCCCUUCAACAACUCCUGAAGAAUCUUCAGUUUUUUCCAACUAUGAGAUUGCCCAAACUGUUAACAACUCUCUACUAGCAGAAGGAGUUCACAUGAUUGAAAAUUGUGAAGUAUUAACCUGGUGCACUACAGACAAUUUAAUUACAUCUGUUACUGUUCAAGUUGGUACACAAGAAGAAACCAUAGAUUGUGGGGUUCUAUUUUUGUAUGACAAGAAAGAUGUCAGCUCUACAACUUUUAAAGCUAUCAAUGAUGCUAAUUUGGUUUAUGAUGGACGUCUGGUGGUUGAUUCCAGUUUUCAGACCAAUGACCCUUACAUAUUUGCAGCUGGUUCACUUACAAAAUUCUCUAGAAAAUACUGUAUGGAUGGUAUAACUCAUCAGUCAUUCAAUUCCAAGGAAGUUGGUGAAAAGUUAGCUGAGAAGAUUUUGUUAAUUUUGAAUCCCAUCCAGCACAACAAUGACCACUCACCUGAACCUGAUGCACUGCUUACUUUCACCAAACCAACUGUAGUGUACACCAAUCUUCCUGGAGGCUGGAAGUAUUUACAAGUUGACCGACCAGGGCGACAACACUUACCCUAUGAAGAAAGCAUGCACACAGUAAUUCCAGGACAUGACAUAAUAACAGGCAAUAUGGAAGAGCAUGGACCAGGUUACUUCUGUCUCCAUUUAAACCAAUAUAACAAAGUGGAAGCUAUAACAUGUUUCACCCAGAAAGACUUACACACAUCAAAUCUCAUUAAGUUGUUUGGACUUCACCAGUCUCUUUUAAACAAUCUUCUACCUAAGUAUAAAGAAGGUCUGAUAACUGACUUGUACAGCUACUUCAAUGAAUCCUGGUGCUUAGCAGUGUACCAUGAUUGUUUCCCAGGCCUCCUAAAAGAUCUGAGGGACAUUAUGAUUAGCAAAAAGCUGAAUUCCAUUGAAAAGGAAGAGUUGAAAAGUGCCAACCAAGGCUUGGUUUUCAAAGAGGAAUUAGAAAUGCAUGUAUUACAAUUUCUGAACCUGUAUCAUUUUCAACUACCAAUGUAUGCACAGCAAGAAAUGAUCUGAUGAAAAAAACACCAUUUCUUGUAAGUGUAUCAGUCCAGAAGCUAAUUAUAAAUGCAUUCAUUUAAACUAAAAUUCAUUUCUUUCAUUUAUAUAAUUUCUUAAGUCUUGAAAUUACUUGAACAUUAUAAGAAAUUCAUUUACCAGAAUAUUGUAUGGAAGUGGUAUAAUGUGCAUCUUUUAAAAGGAAUCACUGCAUUUUAUUUUCUGUAAGAUUUUGUAAUUUCACGUAUAUUCUUCACCUAAUUCAAUUUAUAAAUCAUAUUAAUUUAGUAUCAAGUAUAAAUUGUAGUGCUUUUAAUAUGAA